GGGAGUGCAAUUUUCAGGCUAUUUUAAGAAAAAUAAUUAUGAAGGAAAGUGUAUUAGUAACCAGAGAAAAUGGAAACAGCAAAUUCCUUUUAUUAGGCAGGGCCGGAUGGAGUCUACAGCGAAAUGAAAAAAGGAAGCACAAAAACAUAACUUAAACCCUCCCAAUCCCAUUCCAAAGUCUAAGAAACGGUUAUCCCUUACAAAGUGCCGGCUGUCUCAGAAAGCAAUGUUGUCAAAUAGCGGCUAUCACGGCGCUAUCACGCUAUAGCGUAGCGGGUUUUGGAGAAAACGCAAUUGCAACGGCGUCGCGUUGCGGAUUCCGCGAGAAUCGCGAUCCCCGGAGUCUUACGCGUCGCGAAACCACGUUGGGUCGUGGCUGUUGCGUCGUCGGUUUCCGACAAGGAUGAAUCCGGAGAGAAACUGCAUCGACGGCGACGGCGCGUUUAGGGUUCAUCGUGCUGACUGCUGAAAGAGGAAACCGGGUCGGAGCGGAUGCGGGUCAGUGCGGAUUGCAGUUGUUUUGGGCUUGCAGAAUGCUCACAAGGGCCCAAAAGUAGCCUUACUUCUACUUCACGUAAGUUUUUUCCAGAGCAUUCUAGAACCUCUCAUUUCCUCUGAUUCUUAGUCACCACGUAGCCUUCUUCUUCGCCCAGCCUCUGUUUUUUUACGGCUUAUAUAUUCUAUUUCAACCGCUAUGGGCCUUCGCCUUCUGCUGUUUAGCUGCGACGCUAUCCGCUAUAUUCUGUAGUGGCCUUUUGCGAUUUUCCGCGAUCCACUACUGACAACACUGCCAGAAAGUGAAAAUGAAGAGAAUGAUAUCGUUGAGGUUUGAGGGUUCAGCAAUCAAGAUUGGUGUUGGGGUAGUGACCUUAGAUGACACAAGAUUUGGAAUUUAUUUUAAAAGAAAAUUGAACCAAACCGAAUUGCAUGUCUUAUAAGUUUGAUUCAGGUGAUUUUUUUAUGAAAAAAGAAUCAAAUCGAGGCACAAACACCUCUAAUGCACCGAGCAGAGCAACCAGAAUGGGAUAUUUGUAGGAAAAGAAUGCGGAAGGGGGAGGUUCAUAUAGUAACUGUCUUCAAUUCAACGCUUAAUCUGUGAUUCUCUCGGGUUAUGACCCGACCCAGUUCAGCCCAGCCCAUUGUACAUUUCUCUUUGUGACAGUCACACUCAUUCUAUUUUGCCUUAACCUACUCUACUGCAUUCUCAGGCAGUCGGGCUGAACUCUGAAGAUCAAAUCAUUAGCAUUUAUUGAAGCAAAGUGUGGAUUCUGAUAACUACAAGUGCAAAGGGCAUCUUUCUGUGCUAGUUAUGCUAUCUGUAAUCGGUUUAUAGUAUGUUCCAUUGGCUUUUUGGUAUUGCAAGAAAUUUUGGUUUUGUUCGUGGUUAUCAACAAGGAUACAUUUACCAGCAGAAGUUUAGUCUGGUGAACAUAAAGUUGAAAUGGGUGAAAGAUAGGACAUUGGAUGCUGUUGUUACUGGUCAGAGGGAUCUUAAGGCAGCUGGGAUUCUUGUCUCCAUCAUUUAUUCUUCUUCUGAAUGCUGCCUUCCAAUAUACCAUCUUUCUCGCCACCGUGGACAACUUGGUCUUCCCAGUGACCUCAAACUUUCCACCUUUAUAAGAAGAUAUCCCAACAUAUUUAAUGAGUCCUCUUUUCUUGAUAGUGGAGGCUCUCCUGUUCCGUGUUUCAGUUUGAGUCCUGAAGCCUUGGAGCUCCAUCAUGAGGAAGUCAACAUCCUUCAGCAAAAUCAGUUGGAACUCAGGGAUAGGCUGUGCAAACUGCUUAUGCUCACAAGUGAUAGAAUCCUUCCACUACAAACCAUUGACCAGUUAAAAUGGGACUUGGGUUUACCAUACGAUUACCAGCAUUCUUUUGUUCCAAAUCAUCCUGAAAGUUUCUUAUAUGUUCGCCUUCCUGAUGAUCGUAUUGGCCUGAAAUUGUUAUUUUGGGAUGACAAGCUUGCCAUCUCAGAGUUACAGAAGAAUACUUCUCUACAACAAAAGGCAGAAGACAUAAAAAAUGGAUCCUUAGCAUUUCCAAUUAGUUUCACCAGGGGUUUUGGUUUGAAAAGAAAAUGCAUGGAGUGGUUGAAAGAUUGGCAGAAACUCCCUUAUACUUCACCUUACAUCAAUGCCUCUCAUUUGGAUCCCCGUACUGAUGUAUCUGAGAAAAGGAUAGUUGGAGUCUUCCAUGAGCUCCUUCAUCUCACACUCCAUAAGCAAACUGAGCGCAAGAACGUUAGCAACUUGCGUAGACCCUUGGCCCUACCUCAGAAGUUUACUAAAGUAUUUGAGCGUCAUCCUGGUAUUUUUUAUAUUUCCAAGAGGAGUGAUACCCAAACAGUUGUUCUUAGGGAGGCCUAUAAUGGUCAGGAACCUGUGCAGAAUCAUGCCCUUGUACAAAUUAGAGAGGAAUUCGCAAGCCUGCUGAAGAAAGGGCUAUUGGAUAGGAGUAAGGGUGUAUACAAAAAAAGCAGACACACUAAUUUGGUGGAGGGUUUUAGAAAGGAGGUUUGCAUUGCUAAAAAAACUAACCAGCUUAGUUCUCAGGAUGAAUCAGAUUCCAUGUUUUCUGAAUAUGAUUCGGAUGGCCCUCCACAAAACCCAUGCUGAUAUAUGUGAAUGUGAUAUUUCUCUUUAGCCAUUAUGUUAAAGUGGUUUGGCUUAUUGACAAUCUUGAAAUCUGGCCUAGAUGGGGGAUGUUUGCAUUUUACUAUUUUUCACCCGCUUUUGCCUCUUGUGAAGAUCUGUCAAUAACCAAAUAUGUCAACAAUGCUAUCUUCUUAGCAAGGGAGAGCAUUUUCUGAUUAGAUGUAAUAUUCUGGAAUAAGGGUUACUGCUCAAUCUCAUUUUAAGAUUAGAUAGACCCAGGUAUAGCUACAAUUCAUUUUACCGAGAGAAAUUUUGAAUAUCUCAAAAUCUUUAUGGGAGUUCAAAAUGUAAUUUAAAAACAAUGACUAGAUACCUAUAGUUUUAGAGCAUCUUUUUUUCUUGGGGUUGUGGGAGGUGUUUGACAAAAAUCACUAUUAUGAUAUAAUUUGGUUAAUCCGGUAUUCUAUUCUUAC